AUGAUCCAGCGAAGUCUACUUCGACAGUCACGAGCAUUUUGUGCAAAGUCGCGCUACACACCUACUGCCUCACCCAUAAGAUCUCAAAUUUCCCCAUCACGUAUACAUCCGCUUCAGGAGAGGAUAGUUGCAAGAUAUUAUUCCUCAACAGACACGCCCAAAGAUGGUGCCAGCUCCGAUGCUACAGCGGCGGCGGAGGUCUCACACUCAGAGAUCAAGGACAACGAUCCGGUUAAAAAAGAACUCGAAUCAAAGAGUAAAGAGAUCAUUGAUUUAAAGGACAAGUAUCUCCGCUCGGUAGCAGACUUCCGCAACCUUCAAGAACGCACAAAGCGCGACGUUCAAUCAGCCCGCGACUUCGCCAUCUCCCGUUUCGCUCAAGACCUGGUCGAGAGCGUCGAUAACCUUGACCGAGCCCUCGGCACCGUGCCUUCAGAGAAAUUGGGGCAAGCUGAGAGUAACAAAGAGCUGGUGCAUCUGCAUGACGGGCUGAGGAUGACAGAGACAAUAUUGAUGCAAACGCUCAAGAAGCAUGGACUUGAGAGAUUCGACCCGAGCGAGAUUGGGGAACAAUUCGAUCCGAAUUUGCACGAGGCUACGUUCCAAACGCCGGUGGAGGGGAAGGAUAAUGGGAGUGUCUUUAUGACGCAACAAAAGGGCUUCAUGCUGAACGGCAGAGUCAUAAGGGCUGCUAAGGUUGGAGUGGUAAAAAAUGGCUGA